ACUUCGCAUCAGCUCGCGCCGCUGUUUACAGGCGAAGGAUGUGGACCCGGUAACGAGCAAAAAGCACAGACCCGCACUGAAACACCGAGCCGUGCAUCGCUUACGGUGGGACUCAUUAGUUUUAUGCGUGUUUCACGCGUGUUUGCCUUGCAUCCGACUUUAAAGCGGCUUUCUCGUGGGUUGUUUAUGGUAAAGACGAGAUCAGCUUCCAAUGAGGCGCGGGCAGAAUGUCCACAGAUAGCCGAAGUGAAGUGGGACCUGCGGUCUUACGUGCACGGUUCCACAUUUUCUAAAACUGACCUUAUGGAGACAGAAAGGAGUUUUAAAAGCAUACGCUAGUGAAUUUCAACCAGAGGCCAAAAUCAACAAUAUCUUGAUGAUAAGCUAGUUUUUGACAUUUAAGUACUGGCCAGCCGUAAGGACACAAAGCGGCAAGCGUCAGCUGCCAGUCAUCAGUAGAAGGACACCCAAGAUUUGUGAUUAGCGGCUAACCGCUUGCAUUAGGUGGUUAGCGUGUGGAGUCUAUUAGAAUUUCUAUGGGUGUUUCGACGGUAGACAACACGAAUGGGACACACCAACUUUCACAGACAUCCUGAAUGGGAGAAGGAGUGAGCAUGGACAGCCUUUCGGAGUUUGGGAGCCUUUGUCCGUCCUCACGGAGGGAAUGGGACACAAGCAGUUGUGUGGAUGAUUUAAUGGAUGAAGAUGAGAAGGACAGAGCAAAGAGGGACUAUCAGGAAAUCACACCUACCACAUCAUCUUGUCACACUUUUACUCGAUACAAAAGCCCUCCUCAUGAUAGACUGUCUAAAACUGACAUUGAGUAGAAAAGAGACUGAAGAAAAUAGCAGGGCAUCCCGUAAUAAAUCAGAGAAGAAGAGGCGAGACCAGUUCAAUGUUCUUAUUAAAGAGCUGUGUACUAUGCUGCAGGGUCAGGGUCACCCCCGUAAGAUGGACAAAUCCACCAUCCUACAGAGGACCAUUGACUUCUUGCAGAAACAGAAAGAGAUCACAGCCCAAACCGAAUCCUGUGAGGUCCGGCAGGACUGGAAGCCCUCUUUCCUGAGCAAUGAGGAAUUCACCCAGUUAAUGCUGGAGGCAUUGGAUGGCUUCCUGAUAGCUCUUACUACAGAUGGGAACAUCAUAUAUGUGUCUGACAGCGUCUCCUCUCUCAUUGGCCAUCUGCCGUCAGAUAUGGUGGACCAGAACAUUUUGAACUUUCUGCCGGAGCGAGAGCACAGUGAGGUGUAUAAACUUCUGUCAUCACACAUGCUUCUGACGGAGCCUACGGCUGUCGACCUUAUCAACAGCAAUGAGACGCACAUCGAGUUCUGCUGCCAUUUAGCGAGAGGGAACGUCGACCCAAAAGAACCGCCCACAUAUGAAUAUGUCAAAUUCAUUGGAGAUUUUAAGUUUCAUAACAAUGUGCCUCUGUCUUCAUGUAACGGCUAUGAGCUGGCGUUUCCACGCACACUGCAGUCCUCACUUGAGGAACAGAUCUGUCUCGUAGCCACGGUGAGACUCGUGACCCCCCAAUUCUUAAAGGAUCUGUGUAACGUGGAGGACGUAUGUGAUGAAUUCACCUCAAGACACAGCCUGGAAUGGAAAUUUCUCUUCUUAGAUCACCGGGCCUCUCCUAUUAUUGGCUACCUGCCGUUUGAGGUUUUGGGGACAUCGGGUUACGAUUACUACCAUGUGGAUGACCUGGAGCUCAUUGCUCAGUGUCAUAAACAAUUGAUGCAGUGUGGGAAGGGAAAAUCGUGUUACUAUCGGUUCCUGACUAAAGGGCAGCAGUGGAUCUGGCUACAGACACACUAUUACAUCACAUACCACCAGUGGAACUCCAAACCAGAGUUUAUCGUCUGUACACACAGCGUGGUCAGUUAUGCUGAAGUGCGAGCAGAGAGAAGGAGAGAGUUUGGAUUGGAGGAAAGCUCUGCUGACGUGGCCACAUCCUCAGUCAAGGGGCAGGAGGUGUUUCUGGACAUGUGUCCUCCCUUAGACGCUCCACGGGACAGAAUCAGCAGCACUCGGUCAGUAUCGUCGCAAAGCUCUAGAAAAUCAUCACACACAGCGCUGUCUGACACAGCUUCGAACUCAUCGGUGAGGUACACCGAGGCGUGCACGUCGUCGCAGCAAUCUGCUUCCAUCGGUCCUGAGAAGAGUUCAAGCAGAAUGUCCCAUAGUGGAUCUAAGACCCAGAUUCAGAGGCAGAUCUCCUCUGUGGCUACCUCUCUCUCUCCCUCCUGCAGUCAACAUUCCACCAUGACACAAGCUGUGUACGGAUUCCAGCAGCCUCAGUUAGGCGUAAUGCAUCAACUAAAGGAACAGCUGGAAGAGAGGACCCGAAUCCUACAGGCUGACAUCAAAACACAGCAACAAGAGCUGCACGACAUUAAAGAGAAACUGCAGCUGGCUAACUUACAGAUGUUACUUCAGCAACCGACACAGGGAGAAUUUGACGGUUCUGGUCCACAGCAGCAGGGUCCAGGCAGGCCGAGCCAGCACGGCACCAACCCCAAACCUCAACACUGUGUUUCACAUACAUCUCACACACUGCUCAGAGAACAGCCCAGUAGCUCAUCUGCUCAGGGGCAGCCAAGACUAUUGCAGAGUGGACACAUGCAGGCUGUCAGUGUUCCAAUGCAGACCCACACCAGCCUGACCACGCCAUUCUAUAGUAAUCCAAUGAUGUUCUCUCCCAACCACGGACACAGAACGCAACAGGACACACAUUGCCAAAGACACACACAGACUGAGUACAGCCAGGAUGGACAGUUACGGAUGCUGCUAAACCAGCCGAUGCAGACACUUGUAACAGACAGCAGUGGAGGAGCUCAGUUUUCCCAAUGCAGUUCAACUAUUCAACAAACCAAAUAUUCUCUGGACCAGCAGAUGGUGGCUCCAUCCUUACCUGUGCAACAGGUGAACUGUAACGCUGUGCUUGUCCCCUCCCCUGUCUUCACUUCACCAAUCAUGAUCCCCCAUAAUAGUUUCAUGGCCCACCAGGCUACGCCCGCCUACACACCUCACCCGUCGGCCACUCCGCAAAGCUUAUCGCUACAGCAGCCUCAGCAGUUCUUUCAGAUGCAGCCUCAGGGUCUGAUUCACAGUGCUCCCACUCAGGCCUUAUUUCAUACCCCGAACGUUCCACAGCAAAGCACUGUGGGAUACAUACAGCCACAGCAGCAACAACAACAGCAGCAGCACCAUCACACCCAGUCCGGCAACCUGUCGGACUACAGAAACAUGCUCCCGCGGUAGCCCCACUCCCUGGGAGAAGCCAAGAGGUUGCAGAGAAAGCACACUGAGCAGGUAGCUCUGUGGCGUGGGUGAAAGGUAUGAUGGGAAGGGACUAUCUCGGCUCAGGGGAAGGCUCCCUCCAGAGCCAAAUCGAGAAUGCCAAAGUCCCCAUGAUGGUGCCCCAAGGCUCUGCCCUGCCCAGAUCGCAUGCAAAGGAUGCUGGGAUGCGUAGGAGGAGCCCACAGGGCUAUGACCCAUCUGUUAUUCAUGGAGGCGGGGGGUCACAGAAAGGCCCGGAGCGGUUGAGCAGAUGCUCGGAUUGGAUGCUGCUGAUGAUUUUGGAGAGUGGAUGAUACUAAAACUUAAGCUGCAGUUGAAUUUGUUUCUAUGGAGAUGUUUGGGGGACUGUAAUGUUACAGCUUGUUUGUGUGAUAUGGACUUUCAACACAAACAAAAUCAACCAAUCAAGAAAUGCCUUCACAGUUUUGCAUGCAUUUGAUGCAGAGUCCAGUGACAGAUCAGCUGCAAGUAAUUUUGCAAUCAACUGCAUACAAAAAAAUGAUUAAACCCAAACAAGAGAACAAAUCACGGUCCAGAACUGUAUCACGCAUGGCUUAUCUGCACAAAUCUCACGCUACAAUUAUUUCUUAUCUGAGUUUCAGGUCUACGUGGUUGUAUAGGAGAAGAGGAGCUAGGCAAUGUUCAGCAAAGACCCAAAUAUAGUCUAAUAAUAACAGAAAGCCAUUGGGCCGCCUGUUACCAUGUGCAGAAGAGGCUCAAGCCCCUCCUGUACUUUUGCACUAUGCCCAGAUAGACAUAGUGUUAGCAUUAACUAUAGAAACUUGAAUCACGUUGUAUAUUUCAAAUAUUUAUAAACAAAGUUUUCCUAACUAUGUUGACUUCCCUGAUGGAUAUGUUCUCCUUUGCUUGUUUGAGAUCAAUGUAUCAAAUACACAUUUGGGACCCAAAUGCAAACUAAAACUGCAUUGAUAUUAUGUCACUAUCAUGCAGCAAAGUAUGUGUACCGAUAAUUAUUCUUUCUCAAUUUUCAAUUUCUCAAUAUGUGGAAAUCACAGUAUUAUACAGAGGAAAGCCUUUGUGUGCUUUAAGGCAGAUGUGACUUGUGUCACAAAAAUUAAAGACAAUCAUAAUGUGAUUAAAUAUUAGCAAAAACAUGCACUUAUUGGGCCUUAUUCAUAACACAUAGCAAGGACAUCCUGCUUUUGUUGUAUGAAUUAGACCCGUUGUCUCCAUUUUACUUUAGUUUUUUGUAUUCUGUUUUAUUAAUCACAAGUUAAUGUUGACAGUGAAAGUGUCACGCAACCAACAAACAUUUUACCCCCUUAAAAUUUUUUUAUUUCAGUGUUGUUCACUCACAGACACCCUCUGCACCCUCUGAAAAAACGGGUGACAAUCUAACAAAAUCACAAAAUUCAUUUUGCUGUCCUCUUACCUACCACAUCUUGCACAUUUAAAGACUGGUGCUGAUUAUUAUUAUUAUUUUUUUUUAACUAAGAAAAAUCAGUUGAAGGUCUAACAUCAAGGUUAUUGAAAGCGUACAAUAUGUGCCCUUCUGAAUGCUGUGCAAUGAAAUUCUGAAAACAAGAAUGUUUGUCAUUUAUACUUGUCAGAGAUAUUUUUGGUUUUAGUCAGAUUAUUUUCUGUUAUUACCAAGAGACACUUUAUAGUAGUAAAAACUGAAGUGCUGUUAAAUGAAAAUGGAAAAUAUUUUUGUAUGAUGAACAUUCCUGAAAGUCCCAGGCCCUCUCAGGUGUAACAUUAGAAAUUAUAAUAAAAUAUAAAUUAUAUACUUAAAUGUAUAUUUGAAGUUAGCGAACAUCCUUCUCCCAAGCAUCUGAAUUUAGUUUUUUUACAGAUCAAAUUACAUCCAAAGGAAGCACUCCAUAAAAUAUACAUUUUAACAACAGAUUUCACAUUUCCUAGAAUAUUCCCAUCAAUAUCACAAUUCAGCUUUUUUUAACAUUCUUGUGGAGAGUCUGAAUUACAGUCAGAUCAUUACUGUAAAUUUUUGGUUAGCUUGCUGGAAAAUCCUGCUUUCAAUCCUUGAUGAUCAUAACCCAGACUAAGCAGGUAGAUCAUCCUAACUUACUAUUUAUAUUUCCAGCAGGGUAGACUUGAAAAUGGUCAUUUAAAAUGGGAAGGACAAAGAAAUGCCAUGGCUAAAUUCAAUUUGAUGUAUUUGGUCAUGUGCCAGCAAUUUUAUAGAAACAUCUGUGUUCGUCCUACCAUGAACAAAACCAGCUGCUUCCUUCUUAGUUUAACGGCCAUUUGUGGUAUUUUUACACAAAAAAUUACCAGCCAGACUCAAACAUGUAGUCUCGAAUGUUGCUUGAGUUAAAGCGUUAAUUGUUUUUGCAGACGUUCAUGUGUUUGCUGUGUUGUUUGCACAUGUGGAUGUUUUUGUCUUUGUGUCUGUAUUGACUGGGCUGCUGUGAGCGGUGAAGGAAAACUGUACUGACCCUCUUCUUUAUCGUCCUGUGAAAGUAUACUCUGGUUUUGGAGACUGCACUUUAUUCUUUUAUUCUAUAUUUCUUUUCUGUCUAGAUUUCUGUUUUUCUGUUAAAUUUCUCCCCAAAGUGUCUGUUGUUGCGAGGAGGCUUAGGCCUAAUGGGUUUGUGUGUUGUGAGUCUAUGUAUUAUGUGUGUCAUCUAAACACGUGACAUUGAUGCAUUUAUGUUCCAACAGAUGACACAAAGAGUCAUAAAAUGACACCUGGUACAACUGCAGUAAACACAUGAAACAAGUUGUAAUACUGUAUAUGACAUGUGUUUAGGAAAAUAUAGAUGUUUAUUUUAUAAGAUGUCAAAUAGAUUGAAAUACAUUUAUAUAUAGUGUAUGAUUUGAAAGUUAAAAACAGAGAUAUUUUGUAACAGAGUAAUUUUUUGAAGUGUCUUAUUUGGUUCGUCAGUUCAGCGAGUUGGUGUUGCGCUGUUGAUGUAUGGCUUAUUUUCCCAUUUAUUUCUUCUGUGUACAUAAACCAUCACAAAGAGCUUUAACAUGUUGUUAAUAUUGUUUUAAACGAAAAUAAAAAAGUUUACAUUCUGAA